GCUGUCAGGAUGAGGAGGCGGAGGUCGGCGCUCCGGUCCGUCUCUGCCCGGGGCUGUGGCGGCGCCGGCGGCUCCAGCCUUAGCGGUUCCUCCCUGGGCGGCGGCGGCCGCGGCUCGGUCGACGCCUCCACCGCCAGCUGAGCCCGCGGCAGCCCGGGACUCUGCUUCCCCGCCCAUCCCUGUUCCCCGAGGCCGCCUCCUGGCCAUGGCGCAGCCGGGCCCGGCUCCCCAGCCUGACGUUUCUCUUCAGCAACGGGUAGCAGAAUUGGAAAAAAUUAAUGCAGAAUUUUUACGUGCACAGCAGCAGCUUGAGCAAGAAUUUAAUCAAAAGAGAGCAAAAUUUAAGGAGCUAUAUUUGGCUAAAGAGGAGGAUCUGAAGAGGCAAAAUGCAGUAUUGCAAGCUGCACAGGAUGAUCUGGGUCACCUUCGGACACAGCUGUGGGAGGCUCAGGCAGAGAUGGAGAAUAUCAAGGCAAUUGCCACAGUCUCUGAGAAUACUAAACAAGAAGCUAUAGAUGAAGUUAAAAGGCAGUGGAGAGAAGAGGUUGCUUCACUUCAGGCUGUAAUGAAAGAGACAGUUCGUGACUAUGAGCAUCAGUUUCAUCUGAGGCUGGAGCAGGAGCGAGCACAGUGGGCACAGUAUCGAGAAACUGCAGAGCGGGAAAUAGCUGAUUUGAGAAGAAGGUUGUCUGAAGGUCAAGAGGAAGAAAAUUUAGAAAAUGAAAUGAAAAAGGCCCAAGAAGAUGCUGAGAAGCUCCGCUCUGUCGUGAUGCCCAUGGAGAAGGAAAUUGCAGCUUUGAAAGAUAAACUGACAGAAGCUGAAGAGAAGAUUAAAGAGCUGGAGGCCUCAAAGGUUAAGGAACUGAACCAUUACCUGGAGGCUGAGAAGUCUUGUAGGACUGAUCUGGAGAUGUAUGUAGCUGUUUUGAACACUCAGAAAUCUGUUCUACAGGAAGAUGCUGAGAAAUUGAGGAAAGAAUUGCAUGAAGUUUGCCAUCUUUUGGAGCAAGAACGACAACAGCACAACCAGUUAAAACAUACAUGGCAGAAGGCCAACGACCAGUUUCUGGAAUCUCAGCGUUUACUGAUGAGAGACAUGCAGAGAAUGGAGAUUGUGCUAACUUCUGAACAGCUCCGACAAGUUGAAGAAAUGAAGAAGAAAGAUCAGGAGGAAGAUGAACAACAGAGGCUUAAUAAGAGGAAAGAUAACAAAAAAACAGAUUCUGAAGAAGAAGUAAAAGUACCAGUAGUGUGUGCUUUACCUCAAGAAGAAUCUUCAGCAGCGUUAUCACAAGAAGAGGAGCAUUUAGACAGCACCCAUGGGUCAGUCCAUUCCUUAGAUGCAGACUUGCUGUUACCAUCUGGAGAUCCAUUCAGUAAAUCGGACAAUGACAUGUUUAAAGAUGGACUCCGGAGAGCUCAGUCUACAGACAGCUUGGGAACUUCAAGCUCAUUGCAAUCAAAAGCAUUAGGCUAUAACUACAAAGCAAAGUCUGCUGGAAACUUGGAUGAGUCGGAUUUUGGACCACUGGUUGGCGCAGAUUCUGUGUCUGAGAACUUUGAUACUGUGUCCCUUGGGUCACUGCAGAUGCCAAGUGGAUUUAUGUUAACCAAAGAUCAAGAAAGAGCAAUUAAGGCAAUGACGCCUGAACAGGAGGAGACAGCAUCCCUCCUCUCGAGCGUCACCCAAGGUAUGGAGAGUGCAUAUGUGUCUCCCAGUGGUUACCGCUUAGUGAGUGAGACCGAGUGGAAUCUCCUGCAGAAAGAGGUACAUAAUGCUGGAAAUAAGCUUGGUAGACGUUGUGAUAUGUGUUCCAAUUAUGAAAAACAGUUACAAGGAAUUCAGAUUCAGGAAGCUGAAACAAGAGACCAGGUGAAAAAGCUGCAAGUCAUGCUAAGGCAAGCCAAUGACCAGCUAGAGAAGACAAUGAAAGAGAAACAGGAGCUAGAGGACUUUAUCAAACAGAGCACUGAGGACUCAAGCCACCAGAUAUCUGCACUUGUCAUAAGAGCUCAAGCCUCCGAGGGCUUACUUGAAGAGUUACAACAGAGCUUUUCUCAAGCAAAGAGGGAUGUUCAGGAACAGAUGGCGGUGCUGAUGCAGUCACGUGAACAGGUUUCGGAAGAGCUGGUGAGGCUACAGAAAGACAAUGACAGCCUCCAGGGAAAGCAUAGCUUGCAUGUGUCAUUACAGCUAGCAGAAGACUUCAUUCUCCCAGAUACUGUGGAGGUGCUCCGGGAACUGGUGUUAAAAUACCGUGAGAAUAUCAUUCAUGUGCGGACAGCAGCAGACCACAUGGAGGAGAAGCUGAAGGCUGAAAUACUGUUCCUAAAAGAACAGAUCCAAGCAGAACAGUGUUUAAAAGAAAACCUUGAAGAGACUCUACAGCUGGAAAUAGAGAACUGCAAGGAGGAAAUAGCUUCCAUUUCUAGUCUAAAAGCUGAAUUAGAAAGAAUAAAGGUUGAAAAGGGACAGUUGGAAUCUACAUUAAGAGAGAAGUCACAACAACUUGAGAGUCUCCAAGAAAUAAAGGUUAAUUUAGAGGAACAGUUGAAGAAGGAAACUGCUGCUAAGGCUACGGUUGAACAGCUCAUGUUUGAAGAGAAGAACAAAGCUCAGAGGUUACAGACAGAAUUAGAUGUCAGUGAACAAGUCCAGAGAGAUUUUGUAAAACUUUCUCAGACUCUUCAGGUGCAGUUAGAGAGGAUCCGGCAAGCAGACUCCUUGGAGAGAAUCCGGGCAAUUCUGAAUGAUACCAAAUUGACAGACAUUAACCAGCUCCCUGAGACAUGACACCCUGAUAGCAGGAUUGUAACCUGCAUUUUGGGUUUUUAACUCAUCUUUAGAAUAACAUUAUUAUUUAACUCUUAAUGGAAGACGUCACAGCAAAAGGAAGACUGGAGAAAUGCAGGUCUGGAGAAGGCUGCUGUGCGCAGGGACAGCCAGCAGAUGUUUCAGAGGGAACACUAACAGGACACCGGACUCGAUUCCAACAGGUGUGGGAUCAGAUUGGUGCCAGAAAAGUGCUGUUUCCUUGCCUGCUUUCUCCAACGUGGAUUCCGGAACACAUUUCCUGACAUGAAAGCAACUUCCCCAUAGUGUUUGGAAUUACGUUUUCAGUUCAUACAAACUGGGAGAGAAGGUUUUUUCUUUUCUGUUUUCUAGGGCUCAUCAGUAGCAGUGUUCAGCUAGCAGAGAGGUGUAGUGUGCUGUAUGAGUAUUUUAUAUUAAAAUAUGAAGUGUGAGAGCAGGCCAUUGGCUAUUGACUGUAUUUCCCUCACUCAGUGCAUAUUUUUUCUUUCUACCAUUUUAUCUUCAUUGGAGGACCUUAAAUGCUACUGAAACUUGCCUGAGAAUUAUAGGACCAUGGCAAACAAAGAAUUCAACAAAAUUAGGAGAAUCUGAAUACUUGGCUGAGGCAAUAUAUAUAUUGGAAGUUGAAUUUAAAGGAAAAAAGCACAAGAAACCUUGGAUGCACUUUCUCUGUACACCGGGAUGAACUUCCUUGGCCCACAGGUACCAUGGCAAAGGAGAACUGGCACCACCUACCUUUUCCAAGUGUUUUAGUUACUGGAUCAGUGGAAAAAAUAUUAAUAAAACAAGCUAUGUCUGACAUCUAGUA